UCUGCUCAUCUCCUGCUCUCCUGCUCCAUGGACUGUAAGAUUAAGUUGUGGGAGGUUUAUAAUGACAGGAGAUGUGCGCGGACGUUUAUUGGUCACAGUAAAGCGGUGCGUGACGUUUGCUUCAACAACACUGGCACACAGUUCCUGAGCGCCGCCUACGACAGAUAUCUCAAACUCUGGGACUCAGAGACAGGUCAGUGCAUCGCCCGCUUCACCAACAGGAAGGUUCCCUACUGCGUGAAGUUCAACCCGGAUGAGGACAAACAGAGCCUGUUUGUUGCUGGGAUGUCGGACAAGAAGAUCGUCCAGUGGGAUAUCCGCUCCGGCGAGGUUGUUCAGGAGUACGACAGACACCUCGGUGCCGUCAACACCAUCACCUUCGUGGACGAGAACCGGCGCUUCGUUAGCACCUCCGACGACAAGAGCCUGCGCGUCUGGGAGUGGUUUUUGAGGUUAUCUGAGCCGUGCUUUGCUCUGGUUCUCGUGUCCGGUGAGUUAUUCUGGGCCCGUCUGUGCUCUCGAGGGAUUGUUCUGGUCCCGUAUCUUGUGCUGGGCCUCAGUAAUAUCUUGAUUAUUUUCUCAGGUAAGUGGCUGGCCUGUCAGUCCAUGGACAAUCAGAUCCUGAUCUUCGGAGCGCAGAACAGAUUCCGGCUCAACAAGAAGAAGAUCUUCAAGGGUCACAUGGUGGCGGGAUACGCCUGUCAGGUGGACUUCUCUCCGGACAUGAGUUACGUGGUCUCCGGAGAUGCCGACGGGAAGCUGAAUAUCUGGGACUGGAAGACGACGAAGCUCUAUCAUCGGAUCAAGGCGCAUGAUAAGGUGUGCAUCAGCGCGCUCUGGCAUCCUCACGAGACGUCGAAGGUGAUCACCUGCGGCUGGGACGGACAGAUCAAGCUCUGGGACUGACCUGAACCUCAGCUUUUAACACUGAUGUGAGAGGAUUAUUAUUCUUACAGGGCUGGUAUCCAGUCAUAAACACACACACACA